UGAGAAUUAUCAGGCUCGCUGUACAUCCUGCUUGCCACCUUUCAUAUGGGGGCGUUAGUCUUUUUCUUUCUAUUCAGAUAUUGUGUACAGACUCUGCUUCAGCAAUAUGAGGUGGGUAUAGAACUCCUGAGCUCAUGUAUAUUCCUCUCAUCUCUGUGUUGGUACAGCUAGCAUGCCUGAGUAGGAAUCACACAUAUGACUCACAAGCAUACAGUAGGACUUAUUUGCACCACACAGACCCCAUGCAGUUCCAAAACCUUUCCUGCCAGCUCAUACUCAUACAUCGAGAUAUACAAUAGUUUUUGUUCAUGUUACUCUAUGGAGAUUACUUUUUUGCAGCUAUAAACAUGAGUCACUGCGUAUUGUGUGAGUGAUAGUUGAGACAAUAGCACUGAAAAGCAUGUGACUGCAUAGAUUUAGUGUGAGGCUUAUAGUAGCACUGCACGGAGAGUCAUUGGCAAUACUAAUCUCCCUUUAUAUGUUCCCCUGGGAUGCAGAGGGGAUUCGCGCUUACUGCUUUAACUGUUUCAGCACCUCGGAAUUCCCUCUUGGUGUCGGGAUCCAGGGCAGCCGUAUUACCUUUUUCAGCACCUUGGUAAUCCUGGAAUCGGCAGCAAUUCAGCUCCUUGGAAAGCUCCUUUAAGUAUCCCAGGACCGGGAGAGCCUACAACCUAUUUAGAACCUCGGGCAGCUCAUCUGAGUAUUCCAGUACCCGGGAGAUUCUAUAACCUAUUUCAGCACGUUGGACAGCUCCGUUUAGUAUCCCAGUACCUAGGAGAGCCCAUAGCCUACUUCAGCACCUUGGACAGUUCCUCUGUAUAUACAGGACCCGGGGGAGCCCCAUCGCCCAUUUCAGCACCUUGGACAUCUCGUCAUAGUAUUCCUGGACAGAGGACUCAGGAAUGCCCUAAAACAAUUUUCAGCACCUUGGACAGCUCCUUUUAUUAUUCCAGGACCCAACAGAGCCCUAUAGAGCAUUUCAGCACUUUGGAUAGAGAUCAGUUAUACUGUACCUACAGUAUAUUGGUUUUGAGAGUGGUUGAAAACAGCGAACGGAUACUACUACAUUCAUUAUUUGUGACUGUUAGUUCUGCACUGUACGGGAGCAGCUUUUUAGAAUUUGUUGCAGCACUCAAGAAAGUCUUCCCUACCAUGUAUUGCAGGAGCAGCACUCAGGUCCUGGGACUGCAAGUAUGCCUUCUUCUUUUAUACGCUAUUGCUCCUAAUGUGGCAGAACAGGAGGUUGAGAAUCUCUCAGGUUUAUCCAGUAAUCCUGAGAAAAAUAUUUUUGCAAUUCGGGAAAAUGGGACCACCUGCCUUAUGGCAGAAUUCUCAGCUAAGAUACUUGUUCCCUAUGAAGUCCCUUCCAGCAACGAUGUGGACUGGAAUGUGGAAGAAGCUAACAUCCAGUUACCCAGAGACACUGACAUUAGAGGAAAAUGCUGGAGUAACGAAUCUGAGCUGCAUUUGUCAUGGUUAGACAAAUCUUACACACUGAAGUUAUUCUUUAUUAAGGAUGGACAGGAGUCCAGCAGAAGGAGCUGGAAAAUGAACAAAGUCCAAUUUUUAUAUGAUCUAUCAGAACGAACGAACUUCAAAAAUGGUGCAAGACCUGGGAAGCACACUGCCACUAGCCACCGCAUAUCUCUGAUGGUCACACCAGCUGGGAUGUCCUAUGAAUGUGAGGCCACAGAGAAAGUCAGCAUGGCCUCCACUGACCAGAAGAAAACUGCGGUCUUGUACCUGUCUGAGGUCCACAUUCAGCCAUUUGAUAUUCAGAGUGAUUUUGUCUACAGUGAAGAGUACAAAUGCCUAACAGAUCAGAGGAAACAGCUGGAAGAAACAUUACCUCUUAUCCUAGGCAUCAUUUUAGGACUGGCUAUUGUGAUUAUCCUGGCUGUAUAUCACGUUCACCAUAAGAUGACAUCCAACCAAGUGCAGAUUCCAAGAGACAGAUCUUUAUAUAAGCACAUGGGAUAAACAAAGACUUACUAAAUGCAAGGCACAAUGAUCAGUGAUCAUCAGGUAGAAAAGCCAACAGCACUUUCCUGAAAUCCCCUUAUUGUCGUCCUGUAAAUUGUAACCAUAAUACAUUUCCCCACUUAGCAGUGAUGUGCAGGUAGUGUUUCCUAGUGCUGCACUGGAAAACAGCACUGUGCUAUAAGUUUCCAGUGUGGCAAUCAAGCCGAUAUCAAUGUAUAGCUAUUUUGAAUAUUAUUUGUUUUUUAAUGCCUGAUUUAUUAUAUUUAAAUAGCUUUCCUAUGUCAUAAAGGACAUAUUUUACACGCAUUACUAGUUGCAAUCUCCUACUGCAGAACCUAUGCAUGUUAUAUAGUUCUAAUCAGCUAAUAUCUAUGAAAGAGAACUUAUAAAUAUUGUUAAAUAAUAAUAAGCUUUGCACAAUGUUUUCUAAGGACAAUUGUAAACACCACUAUUGUCACCUACGCUUUUCUACUAUAGAUAGCUAUUAAAUAUUUAUGUGGAAGCAAAUAGAAAUUUUGAUGCUAUGACAGUAAUUUUUUUGCAAAGAAAACAGAAAUAUAACGCGUUACGGGGGCAUGCUGCAUGUUUUGUUAUUGUGUAAUUCCUUACAUUAUGACAUCACACUGUUUUCAGAUAUAAAGCUCAGAUUGCUAUGCAUUGCCUUCCUUUUGGAAAAUUGUACCCAAAAAGAUGACUGUCCUCACAAUCAUUUGUUGUAUUGUAAUUAACAUGAGUUGCAAGAAGUUCAUAAUCUCCAGAAACAGUCCUAGGUUUUAAAUAGUUGUUUUAAAUGUAUCAGUCCAGCAGCAGUGUUCCUGGAAUAUGCUAAAAUGUUAGGAAAUUGCUGUAAUGUUUUAAUUAAAUUUAAAAAUAAAAUAAAAAUAUAUAUAUUAUAUAUAUACAAUAAUCUAUGCAAUUGGCACAUAAAUAUAUGCAUAAUAACAGUCUCAUAAACAAUAUAACCUAUAUAGAUGGGUCUUACACUGAAGCACUCAGCAAAGUAUAUUGUCCCUCGAUAUAUGGAUACUGACUAACAGAACUAACACAACAACAGAGCAAAACACUAUAUAUAUAUAUAUCAAUAUACAACACCCUCAAUUGCAUUGUAGGUUGGCAAGUUGUGGCUUUAGCUCUACUUUUGAUGAGCUGUUCUCCUUAAUGAGGACCUGGUCAAUAGACCUUUUUAAUUUAAGUUUUAUUCAUUGGGAAUCAUUAGGUAAUUUCAUAGUCAUUUUUAUCACAUUUUUUAAUGAUAUGUCGGUAACACACACAUUUUUACACAGUGCUGUUUACAUAUUGGGGGUCAUUCCGAGUUGAUCGCUCGCUAGCAGUUUUUAGCAGCCGUGCAAAGACUAUGCUGCCUCCCACUGGGAGUGUAUUUUAGCUUAGCAGAAGUGCGAACGGUUGUAUCGCAGAGCGGCUACAAAUUUUUUUUAUGUAGUUUCAGAGUAGCUCAAAACCUACUCAGCGCUUGCGAUCACUUCAGACUAUUCAGUUCCGGAUUUGACGUCACAAACCCGCCCAGCGUUCGCCCAGCCACGCCUGCGUUUUUCCUGGCACGCCUGCGUUUUUCUGAACACUCCAUGAAAACGGUCAGUUGUCACCCAGAAACGCCCACUUCAUGUCAAUCACUCUGCGGCAAGCAGUGCGACUGAAAUGCAUCGCUAGACCCUGUGUAAAACUACAUAGUUCGUUGUGCCCAUACGUCGCACGUGCGCAUUGCACCGCAUAUGCAUGCGCAGAACUGCCAUUUUUUAGCCUGAUCGCUGCACUGCGAACAAAUGCAGCUAGCGAUCAACUCGGAAUGACCCCCAUUAUUUGUUGUAUAGAUUUUUCCCCGCCGAAUCGAGCAUCUAUCCUAGUUGUUGGUGCAUUAGACACAGAGCUAUGAAGUGACUUGUUCAAAGUUCCAGUUCCAAACAGCUGACGCUGUGAUUUAAUCAGUGAGAGCAAUCUACAACUCACCAUACUUCCCCAUACCUAACCUCCACACAACUUACCUCUUCAUGCCUUACUUCCCUAUACCUUACCUCCCAAACCUUACUUCCCCAUACCUAACCCUCCCAUGUCUUUCUUCCCCAUACCUUAUCUUCCCAAACCUUACUUCCCCACAACUUACCUCCCCAUGCCUUACUUCCAUAUACCUUACCUUCCCAAACCUUACUUCCCCAUACCUAACCCCCCACAACUUACUUCCCCAUGACUUAGUUCCCGAUACCUUACCUUCCCAAACCUUACUUCCCCACACCUAACCCCCCGCACAACUUACCUCCCCAUGCCUUACUUCCCUAUACCUUACCUUCCCAAACCCUACUUCCCCAUAUUUAACCCCCCCACAACUUACCUCCCCAUGUCUUACUUCCCCAUACCUUACCUCUACAAAGCCAACCUCCCCGCAACUUACCUCCCCAUACCUUACCUUUCCAAACCUUACCUCUACAUAACUAACCUCCCCACAACUUACCCCCCCCCCCCAUGCUUUCCCCAUACCUUACCUUCCCAAACAUUACCUCUAUAUAUCAAACUGUUGGGAUACAACCACAGAGACUACCUUCUUGCGCACUAUUUGGUAUUCUUUAUGAAACAGGAUAAUGGGCAUGAAGUAAUUUCUAGCGUCUGAAGUUCAAAGUUUCACCAUCAAUACUUAUUAUACUGGGACUUUGAAAGAUAAUCGCACCAUUGAGAUAGUGUUCCAGAACAAUAACUAUUUGCACUGGGGUUUUGAUGCUGCUAAUAUACUGUACAAUCCCAUUAUACUUUUCAUACAUACAGAGUGGGAAUGAUGCAGCUUAACUCCCCAGUAUUAGUCUCUUUAGUUUAUAGGUUAUACUAUACAAUUAUAUAAUUGCUCAGAGUAUUGUUCUGUAUACAGUACACAUAGGUCAUAUGCUAUAUGAUAUUUAGUUGGAUUAAGUGAAAAUAAUGGUUUUAGACUUUGAUAUAAUUGUAAGUAGGAUGGAUCUAAAAUGGACUGUAACAACAUUUUAGAGGAGCAAAAAUAAAUCUAAGCAUUGAACAAAUGUCAUGAUCAAACCAGCAUCAUCAUUUAGCAUCAGGUAAGUGAUUCCAACAAGUUCUGAUAAUGGGUUUAGUUUACCACUAACAAGUGGGUCAGGGUUCCUGGGUAAGUAACAGAAUACUUGCGGUGGACAACCUACAGUACACUCAUUUUUAGAAGCUGUGUCUAAUGGCCAAACAUGCGACUAGUAGCCAAAUAUCUCUUUUUCUAUUUUUAGUAUUCUGUACUACUAAAAUUUCUGUGUGUCAUGCUUAUUGGGGUUCAUUGACCAAUAUAUACACAGGCAUAUAUAGUUUCAUGUCAACAAACCUGGUCCUAUUUUCUAAUCAUGACCAUCUACUCUUUUUAAGACUAUGGGGAAGAUUUACUGAAGCUUCUAAAACAUACAAGCGCUGGUGUUGCCCAUAGCAACCAAACAGAUUCUAGCUAUCCUUUCUCUAUUGCAUUCUAGAAAAUGACACACAGAAUCUGAUUGGCUGCUAUAGGAAAUAUAACCACUUGGCUGUUUUAGAAGAUUUAGUAAAUUUACCCCUAGGUCUUAUAACAAACUGAUCUUGACCUUUUCCUGAUCACUAGAACAGGAGGGAACGUAGGAUACUGUGAACACAUUCGAUUCUCACUAUUGGAGGAAUAGAGUUGGACCAAUAUGGUCUUUUAAGCCUGGAUUGUAAAGCAAUAAGAUACAAACAGAAAAUUCUAAGGUAUUGUAUAUCCAGUGAUGUUACCUAUAAUACAGAUUUUUUGAGAUUUUAUUCCAGCCUAAUAAAAUUAAAUCUUUAAGUAA